CAGAGCUCAAUAGAAUCUCACUAGUCUCUGGGAGCCUGGAGAAAAAGUGCAGAGACUUGAGUUAUGAUGUCAAGAAGGAAAUUAAUCAAAUUGUUGAGAAGUCCACACACAAUCAGUUUGACCAUGGCUUGCUAUCUGCUAUUGAUAAUACUGUUGAGUAUUCUAAUCUGCAUGAUCAUUACUUUCAGCUUGUAAGUUAUCGAGAUUGUCAGAUGAAAGCUUCUGAAUUUAGGCGUUUAGCUCUGGACUUGCAUUCUCAGUGUGAGAUCACUCCGGAGGGUCAUGAUGCUGCUAUAGAUGCUUUGCUUUUAGCAGCAGAGUGUUAUGUUAAUCCGUUCUUUAUGCUGUCUUCCAGGGACAGUUCACCUAUUAUGAACAAACUGAGUACUAAGAAGCCGUGUAAAAACCAUGAAGUUUCUGUUCUUCGAGAACUUUUUGAGGACAAUGACUUCAAAAUUGUAGCAGAUCUUGAGAGGAAAAGAGACAAAUUUGUUCUUGAAAUAAGCUUGAAGCAGCUGAGCUUGACAGGAAGUAUCAGCAGAACUCAGACGGGGAAUGUAUGA